CGCUCGCUCUUUUGGACUCUGCGGAGUUACAUGCUUUAUUAGAGCAGCAGCUAUUUUGCAAACGGAUCUUUCCGGUCUAUGCGCACAACUUCAUUGAAAACGUUUAAUAAGAUACACGUUUGUAUCACUUUUCAAAGCUGGAGAUGACUUCCGGAGGUUUGGGACUUAACGAGGACCUGGGGCAAGACAUAAGCCAGGAGGAAUUGGACUUUUCUGACCUGUUUCUGUACAACCCACCAAAUGAAGAUUUUGCUGUUGGCUGCGAUAAAGAUGAUCCAGGUGCUCUUCUUCAGAACGACAGCCAGCCUCCUCUGCUUGUGGUUGACCAUCACACAUCAUACAUCUCCACCUCCACCCAGGCAGAAUCCAGCCAGGACACCUCCUCUCACAGCCCCUCUACAGAAAACCUGUCAGGGGCUGUUUUUGACUCCCUUGGGCUGACAAGAGCAAACAACAUACCUGCUCCAAGCCCCAGGAUUGAGAUCACUCCAUCAGGUGACUCUCUCAGCUCUCAGAACCUGGAGCCAAGCCCCAGCUCCAAGGCCCUGGGGGCCUACAGAGAGUGUGUCAGUCCGGCCAGCAGUAACUCCUCAACAGGCUGGCCAGCGGAGGCAAUUUCUCCCCUGAACUCACCAUGCGUCUCUCCUCCUAAUGGAGGGAGCUAUGGCAUUUCGCUGCCUGCCUUGGACCUCUGCCCAGGCCUGCAAGGCAUCCACACUUCUUCUGUCCACUCCUCUCCAGGAGCUUCACCUCACAACAGCAUCACAGAUGAGACCUUUCUCCAGCCACACCACCAAUGCUCCACCUCACCACUUCCCCACCAGCGUUCCCGCUCCACCUCACCUCAAGGAAAGCGCUCUUUUGACCAGGCUCAUCCCUGUCAGGGAGGUACUCCUGUCAAGCAGCGCUCCCGGAGCCCCAGCCCCAUCCCGUCACCACACGAGCAGCAGCGACCCUACUACCUCCCACACCAGUACCAGCCCCAAGCUGAGUUUCAGCCGCAGGCUCAUACCUCAGUGCUGGGCCUAGAGGAUAUGCUGAACAGCCUCAGCUCUAAUCUCCCCAGACCGGUACCCAAUACAGUGAUGAGAAGCUCACAUGCACAGCCCCAGAGGCAGGACUGUGCAUACGGAGAGGGGUAUGACUGGGGCAUUGAGCAGGAUAGGAUGAGCAGGGCUGGAGCUGAGAUUAAAUCAGAGAGCUUCUACAUGCUCCAAGCCUCACAUGUUUGGCCUCCCACUCAAUCAUACCAACAUGCUCCUAGGGCUGCAUACAGCGGUCUUGCUCUGGCUCCACUUCCCUCUUUAGAGUGGUCAUUGCCCAGUCACUCCGGUCCGUACGAGUUAUUGAUCCAGCAGCAGCCCAGAUCCCACCACAGAGCCCACUAUGAGACUGAGGGCAGCCGAGGAGCUGUGAAAACACCCAAUGGAGGGCAUCCUGAGGUUCAGCUCCUUGGGUACCAAGGCACAGCUCCACUUGGACUGCAGGUCUUCAUUGGGACGUCAGAUGAGAGGCUCCUGAAACCACAUGCCUUCUACCAGGUCCAUCGCAUCACCGGGAAGACUGUUACCACACCCAGCAUGGAGAGGAUGAUAAAUGGGACAAAAGUGUUGGAGAUCCCCCUGGAGCCAAAAAACCACAUGAGAGUGAUGAUUGACUGUGUUGGGAUCUUGAAGCUGAGGAAUGCAGACAUUGAACUAAGGAAUGGCGAGACAGAUAUUGGACGGAAAAACACACGUGUACGUUUGGUGUUCCGUGUCCACGUUCCUCAACCUGAAGGCCAGCUCGUGUCUCUUCAAGUAGCUUCUAACCCGAUUGAAUGCUCUCAGCGCUCAGCUCAGGAGCUCCCAGCAGUAGAGAGGCAAGACCUGGAUCGAUGUUCUGUACUUGGUGGUCAGCAAAUGGUUCUCACUGGACAAAAUUUCACAUCAGACUCCAAGGUGAUAUUCUCAGAGAAGACACAAGAUGGAAAACAAAUCUGGGAAGUGGAAGCCACAGUGGACAGAGACAAAACCCAAGCUAAUAUGCUGUUUGUUGAGGUCCCUCCAUAUCGAGACCGCAGCAUUUGCCAGCUGGCUAAAGUCAACUUCUAUGUCAUUAACGGGAAGAAGAAGUGCAGCCAGCCUCAGCACUUCAUCUACACUCCUCUGAUAGCCAUUAAAGCAGAACCUCUUGAUGACUACCAGCUGAAUUCAUACGGCCACACAGAUAAUCAGUCCCUGUCUGGCAUGUCUGUGAAGUCCCUCUAUCAUCACCUGGAGCAGAACAACAGCUCUCAAGCCUUAAAUGUUUCUUCAACACUGUACCAUCUAACCACUGUAGACCCUCGUGCCCACAUGCUAACCUCUGGUUCUCUGGAUGAGCCUGCCUAUUACCAGUCUAGAGCUGGCACCCUGAUCAACAGCCCAGUGAUGUACCACACUGCAAACCAGCGUUACAGCAACUGCAGUACAGCUCUGCUCUCACAUCCUGCCUCCACUCCCAGCCAGUGCAUUAGUGCCAGAACCCCUGUGGCCAAACGGGCAGAAGCUCCUCAAGUUGGAGAUUCAUUCGAGGCUUGUUUGGUGUCAAGGCAUCAGGCUUUGGUGCAGACAUCGCUGCCAUUGGGAAAGUCACCGCCAUCAAGGUACAGUCAAGAGAAGGCUGGAAAUCGGGUGCAACCAGUCGGGCAGGCUCUGAACCAGAUUGGCUCUGCCAGAGGAAACCAUGAUGAUCAAGUUCCAGAAAGAAUCAUGGUGAAGCAAGAAAACCUCAGCUAUGCCUACCUUGAGGAUGUGAAUGACAUCAUAAGAAGAGACAUGAGGGGUCACAAUGGGGACUGAUCCUGCAGCCCUACAGCUGCUCUGAAGACCAACAUAUAUAUAUUUUUGGCAAUGAUUGUAAUAUACUGAUGUCCAGGACUAGAAACAUAAAUAUCAGCAGACCUGGAGAAAUAACUUAAGUUGAUCAGUUACAGGUUUGUAUUAACUUUAUUUCAAGAUUGCAUCAUGUUUCUUUUGUAAGAGAGGUUCCCUUGACCUCAGUUGUAGAAUUUUUCUUACAAAACUGGUUUAACUCUCAGUUGACCUUUAAAACCUCCAAACAUUUUAGCUUUCCUAAAGAUUACUGUAUCACAACUUAUACUAUUGUAAUCUGUUUGGCUUCUCUCUGUUCAUGUAAUUGUACAAUUGUUUUUUGUAAGCAUGUAGAAAAUAUUUUAUAUGAAAUAAAUUCUGUUUA